AGCAAGGUUGGUGUCCGGCGAUUAAGAACUGCCGGUUGCCGGCGGUAAAAAUAUGUGAACAUUCUUUUCAAUAUGGCGGAUACUGAACCACCAAGAAAAAAGCUAAAAGUGAAAGAACGUAAGAUUUUUGAAAGUAAAAAGUUUGUUGAAGAUACAUGUUCAUGCCCUACGUUUUUAAAGUAUCAACUAUCUCUUAGAGCCCUAGGAUUUUACGAUGUGCCUAGUAGUUGGACAAAGAAAUGGUACACUUCUUUGAAAUUAUUGAAUAAGAUCCAAUAUGCUUCAACAGAUGCUAUAUUUAACUUAGAGUUUUCCCCAGAUGGUAAAUAUUUGGUUGCAGCUUGUGAAAAUUCAGAUAUUACAUUAUUUGACCCUUGCAUUCAUAAAAAGUUGCGUUCUGUCAACAAUGCACACAAAGACAGUGUAAAUUGUAUUUCAUUUCUUGACACAAUAACAUUUGCUAGCUGUUCAGACGACAAAACUGUUUCAUUAUGGGAUGUAAGAAAUUUAAAAACAAAUAUUGUCAACCUUAAAGGACAUAGUAGUUGGGUUAAAAGUAUUCAUUAUUGUUCCAAAACAGGACAGCUUAUUUCAUCUGCAUUUGAUGAUACUGUUCGAACAUGGAAUGUGAACGAAAAUUACAAGAACGGGGAGGUAAAAAGCAACAAAGUUUUAAAUGUUCCCUAUCUUACGAGAACUAAAAUUUCAAAUGAUGCAUCUCAAUUGUUUGUUGCAACAACAACUGGUUUUCUUUUCAUAAUACAUAAUCUAAAUUUAAAGACACUGAAGUUAGAUACAAAGGAAGAACUUCAUAAUCUGGCAGCUAGUUUUAACCCAAGAAAAAGAAAAGUGCCGUUCAAAGACGUAAGAAAUACCAAUACUAUUGAGUUUUUAAAUGACUACCCAAGCGACAGUAAACCUUGGUGUAUUGCAUCAAUACAAAUACAUCCUUCUGGAAACACUAUUCUAUCGAGAUAUACAAAUCAGAAUGCUUCCUCAGAAUGGUCAGUCAUUCAUGACACACAACCAGAUACAGGUCCGCUUUUUUUUAAGAUGUCAAGACUUCAAAGUUACAUUGAGGAACCUAAUUUAGCUUCAGGCUUCAUAAAAGAACUGUGUUAUAAUCAAGAUGGACGAAUUAUAUGUUCGCCUUUUGGAAACAGCAUACGGCUUUUAGCAUAUGACAGAAAUUGCAACGAUUUAGUCGAAUGUUAUCAAAAUCCAUCACCGUUGGUUGAGAUUGGUUUCGUUACAAGUCACAAGAAUUCCGUGUUGACUACCAGAUUUUCACCGACGCUUCCAAUUCUUGCUUCGGGCUGCCUGGGUGGUCAAGUUUCUUUCUAUCAACCAAGGUUUUAAUUAAUUGCUUGAUUAUAUCCAGUUCGUUUUAGAAUUUAGAAUUAUGUUGGAAAUUUACGGAGAGUGUAAAAAAACAAUAUUCAUCCGAAUAUUUUUUAUAAUUUUUAUUUUGAUUUUAAAAAAUACCUAUUUUUUAUUUAUUUUAUUUUCCUUCAAUCAAAUUAAAUCAAAACCUUCUGGUUUAUUUAAUUUCGCGGGUUUCGAAACUGAAGAUAGUAUCAUGUAAAUUUAAAAAAUCUACCUCAAAACAAAAAAAUUUAACAGAAUAAAAAUUUGGUGAAUUUGACGAAAAUCCGUUAAUAAUUUCCCGCCAAAGUUAGGUUUUUCAACUCCAAACUAGAUUUCGCCAAAUAAAUCCCCGCCAAAAUUAAUUUCGCUCUUCUUAAGUUUUAGUAUUUGUCGUUGACUGAUUUUUUCUUUACAAAAAAUUGUAGUUGAUAUUGUAAAACACUAUAAAUUUUCAUGCUAUUGUUUUCAAAAGGAGAUUUCUUAAACCUCCAAAUUAAAUUCCGCCAAGUUUA